AUGGCUACGCCAUCUAGCGAUGUUGGCUACCCAAUGUCAGACGGGUUUUCGCGAACACCCUCAGCAGCAGCGACCCCGCGCCGCCGCGGCCAGCCCAACUUGCUCAGCUCAUCGUCAGCCCGGCCACGGGGCCCACCGUCGGAAAGCAUGGGUGCCCCAAGCGAUGACGAGGGCGAAGGCUUUGCCGAUGAUCAGGUGCCGCAGCGAGCAAGACGUGCCAACGACGAUCCGGUGCCACGUGUCGAGGACAAGAUCGGUCUUGCGGUCCAGCACUACUUUGAGACGUUUAUUGAAGAAUUCGUCGAAGAACCCUCUCCCUCAGGCGACGUUUCCUCCAGCGCGGCAGUGACAGACCGGUUUUACGUGGCGCAGAUCCACGGUAUGCGCACCUACCAGCUGUCGACCUUUUACGUCGACUUCCGGCACCUGACGCUCUGGAACAAUGGGGUGCUGUCGGAGGCGGCAUUGCGCAUGUACUUCCGGCUGCUGCCGUACCUCACGGCAGGGCUGCACAACAUGAUUGCCAAGUACGAGCCGCAGUACUUCCGCGAGCACCGACAGCUGACAUCGACGACGGCCAGCGGCAGCGGCAGCGCGUCGUACGGCACGAUGGCGGGGAGCAGCCACGCAGGGUCCUCGCAAGCGGCCGAUCUGGGCAGCAAGACCAGCAACCAGCAGACAGACAAGCUGUUCACAGUGGCGGUGUACAACAUGCCGCUGGUGUCGCGAAUUCGGUCGCUGCGGGCAACCAACAUCGGACAGCUGCUCAGCAUAUCGGGCACGGUAACACGGACGUCAGAGGUGCGGCCGGAACUUUCGCUGGCCACGUUCACGUGUCUGCCAUGCAAGGCAGUAGUUCCCAACGUGGAGCAGGUAUUCCGGUACACGGAGCCGACGCAGUGCCCAAAUCCGACGUGCCAGAACCGCCAGGCAUGGCAGCUAGACAUCCGACAGAGCACGUUUGUGGACUGGCAGAAGGUGCGGAUCCAGGAGAACAGCAGCGAGAUCCCGACAGGCAGCAUGCCGCGGACGAUGGACGUGAUUCUGCGUGGCGAGAUGGUGGAUCGGGCGAAGGCGGGCGAGAAGUGCAUCUUCAACGGCAUGCUUAUGGUGGUGCCAGAUGUGAGCCAGCUGGGGCUGCCAGGUGUACGGCCAACGGCAAUCCGGGACGACCGCAGCGCGUCUCGGGCGGCCGGAGCAGACGCAGCAGGCGGCACGGGCAUUUCAGGCCUCAAGGCGCUGGGUGUGCGCGACCUGACAUAUCGGAUGGCCUUUCUGGCCUGCAUGGUGCUGCCGGACACGACGAAUCUGGGCGGCAGCAGCAGUAUCCCCAACGGGCCGGACACGACGGGGACGGACAUUGUGGCAGCACUGACACAGACGAGCGGACGAGACGGUCCUGGCGGCGGUAGUGGAGGCGGAGGGGUCGGAGCGUUUGUGUCGUCGCGGGAGGCACAGGAAGCGGUGCUGAGCGCGUACACAAAGACGGAGAUUGACGAUUUGCGCAAGAUGGUGCACAGCGAGUACAUUUACGCACGGUUGGUCAAGUCGCUGGCGCCGAUGGUAUACGGGCACGAGAUCGUCAAGAAGGGACUGCUACUGCAGAUGGUGUCGGGAGUGCACAAAGCGACAGCCGAGGGGAUGCAAUUGCGUGGCGACAUCAACAUCUGCAUCGUGGGCGACCCGUCGACGUCCAAGUCGCAGUUUCUCAAGUACGUGUGCAGCUUUGCGCCGCGGGCGGUCUACACGUCGGGCAAGGCGUCGUCGGCUGCCGGUCUGACGGCAGCCGUGGUCAAGGACGAGGAGACGGGCGAGUUCACGAUCGAGGCGGGUGCACUAAUGCUGGCAGACAACGGGGCGACGUUGCGGCAGAACAUCAACAUGUCAGCGCCGAUCAUGUCACGGUUCGACCUCUUCUUUGUCAUCCUGGACGAGUGCAACGAGAGCGUCGACCGGCGGCUAGCCGAGCACAUUGUGGGCAUCCACCAGCUGCGCGACGAGGCCAUCACGCCCGAAUUCACGACCGAGCAGCUGCAGCGCUACAUCCAGUUUGCCCGCACCUUCCAGCCUGAGAUGACAGACGAGGCGAAGCAGCUGCUGGUCGAGAUGUACCGCGAGCUGCGGGCCGACGACGCCCAGGGUGGUGUGGGCCGCAACUCGUACCGCAUCACCGUGCGACAGCUGGAGAGCAUGAUCCGUCUGAGCGAGGCCAUUGCCAAGACGAACUGCGUCGACGACAUCACCCCGGAGAUGGUCACGGAGGCGUACAACCUGCUGCGUCAGAGCAUCAUCUCGGUCGAACACGACGACGUCGAGAUGGAGAUGGAGGAGGAACGGGGACAGGAAGCAGAGGCCACAGCAGAAGACGUACCAGAGGCCGUGCAAGAAGAUGUAGCCAUGGAGGGCGAUGGCGAAGAGGCUACAGCCACAGCCACAGCUACAGCUACAACCACCACAGCCACACCUUCCAAGGCCACCAUCACCUACGACAAGUACGUCGCCAUCGUCAACGCCAUGGUGGAGCGGCUGCGCGACGACGAGGUGUCGGGACCUGGCGAGGGCGUGGCUGCCAGCGCGCUGGCCGACGGCUUCCUUGAACAGCAGGAGGCCGAGCUCGAGACCGAGGCCGACUACCACCGCGAAAAGGCGCUGGUGCUGAUGGUGCUGAAGCGCAUGAUCAAGGAGAAGAUCGUCAUGGCCGUGCGCGGACAGGGCAUCGCCGACGAGGGUGACGCCACCGAGGGCACGGCCGGUCCGUCGUCAGCGUCGGCCCAGCAGCUGGUCUACGUGCUGCAUCCCAACUGCUCGUUUGAGGAGUACUAG